AUGGAAGAAAGUACAGGCGCUGACUGGCGGGGGCCCAAGGCGUACCAGCCUUAUCACGUCGACCAACAGUCAGCGACUUUACAGCGACAAAGUCUUACCGAUCAGCAGCAGAUUCUGAAUGACAGUCCACGCCCCUUUGCAAGUAGCGCACGCUCAACCAAAGAGAGACCAUGCGAUGCAUGCCGCAGACGCAAAACACGAUGUGUCAAGGAGUUGGGCGAGGAAAAGUGCGUCCUGUGCAUCUUCCACAGCCAAAAUUGCACCUUCCUCCACGAACCCGUUGCCAGGACAAGAAAACGAAAAGUCGAGGAGACUGAGCACCACCUCCAGGGCUUACGAACAAACGUGGGGACUGGCGUGGAGGAGUACGACGAACUCCCUGGAGAAAGCUUGCUAAAGAAGACGCUCGGUCUUCAGAACAAGCAUCAUGCUCUGCUUGUUGGCCUGACCGAGCCUUUCUCUUUUCCCCGGUUCUCGAUUUCUUUGGGUAGCUCCCAGAAGUCAACUCAAGGAGGCGUCGUCACCAUUCGCAAGGUGGACGAUUUCAAUGCUUUCACUAUCCACGAGGACCAAGGCACAAUCGGCUACGAGACCGAGCAAAGUCGAGUUGACACGAUUCAGCAGUUGGUCGAGCCACAUGGACAGGCUCUCAUCGACCUCUAUUUCCGCAUUGUUCAUCCGUCCUUUCCUAUCCUCCACAAAGGUGUCUUUCUUGAAAAGUAUGCACGUUCCUACCGCGAGUUCUCGCCUGCUCUCUUAGCAGCGGUCUACCUUCUUACUACAAACUACUGGAGAUACUCUCCUACGCUGGCCACCAAGCCUAAACCAGAUGCAUGCUUAUUACACAAGUUGGCUACUGAAUCGUACGACCUUACCAUAUACCGCCCAAAAUUAUCCUCAGUUCAAGCUGGUCUGCUUCUUGCACAAUUUGAAUGUUUCGAGUCCGAUGUUAUGAGCUCUGGGUCAAGGGGCAGACUCUCCGCGCAACUAGUCUCCAUGGCUCAUGACAUGGGGCUCCAUCUAGAUCCUUCAAGAUGGGACUUACCGCCGUGGGAAAUCAGCUUGCGCAUUCGACUGGCUUGGGCGAUAUAUAUGCAAGACAAGUGGGUAGCUUUCAUUGAAGGUCGACCAUCUCUGUUGACAGAUCGCGAUUGGAUCGUACCGCUUGUGCAGCACAAAGACUUCCCCGAACAAUUGGAAGACAACGAAGAGGGCAGCUCAGAGGUUGAGAAUGGGCGUAUCAUUUUCAUGCAGAUGAUUGAACUCACUCGAAUCUUGUCAGACAGUUUGGACAACGUUUUCAGCUUGCGAGCACAUCAAGCAAUACAGUUGUCCCCGGAUCCGGUUGGCGCUCUUUUGAGCAGAGCUCAACCGCUUCAGCGGCGGCUCACUGUUUGGUCCGACGCCGCAAUGGAAGUGCUGUCCCUAGAAAGAGCUUCGAGCAUGAAACUGACGUGCAUUGGAUACCUCAGACUUGCUCACCUCGCCGUCGAGGUUAGUAUGCACCGACGUAUCAUAUGUCAGACAAUGUCGCCUUCAGCCGACUCCAACAUAGCUACAACCUGCCGUAUUGCCGCCAAGCACAUGUGGUUAUCUGCUCUGGUUUUUGUGGACAGUCUGAAAGCGCGCCAUCUCAAAUCGUUUUGGUACUUCUGUUCGACAGCUUGUCUCACCCUACUCAUAUCUUUUGGCAAUGUCCUCGUCGGUUCUGCUCUAGACUCGCCCGAAGAACAAUUUUACCUCAACAAACUGAAAGAGUUUCGCUGGACAUUGAAGAUCAACGGCGAGAUGGGUGCGAAGUUUAUGGACGCAGCCAUCAGGUCGAUGGUUCUCGAUCCCCGGGAGAUACGCAGACCAAAUCCUCCUGUUGGGAACACAGUACCCAGUCCCGGAUCUCAAUCGGAAUCGAGCUUUGGUAUUCCAUCUCAGAAUGCAACUCAGAGUGCGUACGGAAGUAUUAUCAUCCAAUCAACUCCAGGCUCAAUGGGAUCUUCCGGUGUCGCAUCCGGCUGGGUUACACCAACGACCUUCGCCAACCCACCGGUCUUUUCUGGGUUCACGCCGAGUAUGCCUAUGUCAAUGCCAUACUAUACUUGGCAGCCAACCAAUUUCGAGACCGAUCAGCCUGUCAAUAACUACCCGGGACAUAUGCCUGGUGGUUGA